AGGCAGAGUGUCAAUUACCAGGACCGGGGACCUCCAAAUGACCAAACCAAAAAGACCUAGCAUCUGUCAUUCGUAGUUUAUUAAGCACUUACGCAAAGAUUCAAAAGCAUGUCAUCGUCAUCGACAGGAACCCCGGGAGCUCCAAAAUACAUUGAUGCAGAAGUACUCGCCUCUCUCGUUCGUGAUCCCACAAAGACUCCCGGAAAGGACUAUGUUGUAGUUGAUGUUCGUGGGGAAGACUUUGGGUUCGGCAACAUUCCAGGCGCCGUAAACAUACCAAGCCAUGAAUUCUUAGACCGUCCUCGCGAUUUUGUCGAACCACUCAACUCAGUGCCGAAAGUCAUAUUCCACUGCGCACUGUCACAGGUCCGAGGUCCAAAGUGUGCGAACCACUAUCAACAAGUCUCGGCUGUGGUGCGUGGCCAGCAGGAAGCUGCUAAAGAAGGUGAAGGAGCCCCGCAGGAGAUUCUGAUUUUACGUGGUGGGUUCCAGAACUGGCAGAAUUUAUAUGCCAAGGAGAGCGAUUUGGUCGAAAACUACAAUGCGCAGUUUUGGAAAGAGGAGCUGUAAUAAGUUAUGAUAUAUGUAUAAUGAGGCUGCAAAAGACAGGCAAACCCUGAGGCUUUGCAAAGUCUCUGUGUCGCGGCUUGUACUGCAUCGCGGCGCUCAACGUCGCCAUGAUUAGCCUGAGAGAUGUGCUAGAUAUUCUUGAGAGUUAUGAUAAUAGAGGUCGCUCCUCUAAGACGUUGCAAAUAUGAUCGAAUGAAACUGUCUCGUCAUCCCA